AUGGAUAAGCUCCGUCUUCCGACCUUCGACGGCGUUUCCGACCCUUCUGCCCUUGUCACGUCCUUCAACAUCGCAAUGCAGCGCGCGAAUCUCUCUAACGAAGAAAACGAUGCCGGCUUUUGCCAGCUUUUCGUCGAAACCCUAGAAGGAAUCGCUCUCAACUGGUUCAUCGGCCUUCAAGAAAACUCCGUCAACAGUUUUCGCGACCUCUCGAUGGCUUUCCUCAAGAACUAUAUCAUGUUUACUCGCCAGGAAGCCACCGCUACGGAUCUCUGGAACCUCAAUCACGCCAAUGGGCAAAGCCUCCGAGAUUUCAUGGAGAUGAUUAAAUCCGUUGUCUCGAAAGUCGACGUACCGGACCACAUAGCUGUGGAAUCAUUGAUGAACACCCUCCAUAUCAAAUCGCCAUUUCGAGCCGACCUUUAUCGGCACCCGACGAGAUCCGUGCUGGACGCUAUCACUCGAUCCAACAACUUCAGCCGUAUAGAGGAAGACACCAGGGCAAAGGCGGCGAAAAAGGCGGCAGGAAAACAAACGCCCGCCCGGACAAAUGACACCCGUCAAGAGCCGCGUCAACAUUCUACGGGCAGCAGAACCAACCAGAAGAGGGGUUACAUGAACCUAGUGGAUGAAGAGGAGCCCUCAGUUUCCGCGGUUGUCGUGCGAGAGAAGGGAUGGAAUCAUUGGGACCGAGACAUCGCGCAACAGAAAUCCAAUUCUCCCGAACCAACGAGCUCAAAUGCUGUGGAACCAAGCAAGUGGUGUACGUAUCUUGAGGUCAAGUCACACGACACGAAGGAUUGCAAAGUCCUUUACGGACAUUUCCUCAAGUCGAUCAAAAAUGGCAAAAUCGAGAUAGAACCUCCUCCGCAGAAGCCGAGGAACAAUAAGAGCUGGAGCAAAAACAAAGAUAAGAAAACUCAGAAGUCUCAAGCCAGAGCUCCUCAGAAAGAAGAGCGAGCUAGCCCUGAGAGAGCCCCAGUGAACAACCUCAAUCUCGAGGGAGAGUCAACUGAUGAAGAACCACCUAAAAACUGGCAGCGAGUAGAAUUGGGGAGAAAAACUGACUCCAAGGAUCUACGCGCCUUGCUAAAGCGGAAGGCAGCGAAGGUUUCAGUAAGCGAAACGGAUCUCAGGUCGACCCUCAAUGAGUCCAAAGCGAGAAAGACUGCCCACACCGUAGUUGCUCCAAGCCUCCAACCUCAACCUACAGACUUACGCGAGCAGAUCAACUCUAAAGCUGAAGACCUACGUGUGAAGCUUAGUCAGUACAAAAAACGUGAUUUACGACCAUGCCUCAAAGCGAAGCGACAGGCGUAA